GUAUCGGCUUUGCUCGUCCUGGAUCAAAGAAACCGGGAGCCGCUGCUCUGUGGAUAAUUCUCCUUUGCUGGAGGAGGGGAAAAAUGGAGGCGACGCUCAGACCUCUCUGCUCUCGCUUCCUCCUUCCCCUGCCUCCUCCUGCGACCCGUACUCUUUCCUCUAUUCUCUCUCCUGUCCGCCUCCCCUUCCUCCGUUGGCGCAUGCCAACGUUCGUCCGGUGUUCCAGCAGUCCCGCCCCUCCGGAGAAGGCCGUCGCUCGACCCUCAUCGGAGCUGAGAAGGAAGGCGAAGGGGCUAACGCCAGACGAGAGGCUUGUCGCCCUCCGGAAGCAGUUUACUCGCCCUGACGUAGCCAUCGACGCCUACAUCAUUCCUUCCGAAGACGCCCAUCAGAGUGAGUUCAUUGCCGAAUGUUUUAUGAGGCGAGCAUAUAUCUCAGGGUUCACUGGCAGUGCUGGGACUGCUGUUGUCACGAAAGAUAAAGCUGCUCUAUGGACUGACGGACGAUAUUUCCUUCAGGCGGAGAAUCAGCUGGGCCCUGAUUGGAGUCUAAUGAGAAUGGGGAAUCCUGGAGUUCCUACUACUGCUGAAUGGCUGAAUGAUGUUUUGAUGCCCGGUUGCAGAAUUGGCAUUGACCCAUUUCUUUUUUCUUCAGAUUCGGCAGAGGAACUUAGAGAAGUUUUGUCGAAGAAAAACCUUGAGCUAAUUUGCAUUUACAAUUUUAAUCUUGUGGAUGAAAUUUGGGAUGAGUUAAGGCCAAGUCCUCCGAUAGAGCCAAUGAGAGUUCACAGUAUCAAAUAUGCUGGCUUGGAUAUUUCAUCCAAAAUGUGUUCUUUAAGAUCAAGGCUUGCUGAAGUUAGGGCAGAUGCCAUUGUUAUCUCGAAGCUAGAUGAAGUUGCUUGGUUGCUGAACCUGAGAGGACAAGAUGUUCCACACUCUCCUGUGACCUAUUCAUAUUUGCUUGUGGAAAAUAACAGUUCUACCUUACUGGUGGACAAUUCAAAAAUUACUGAGGAAGUAAUGGUAUACUUAAGAAAUGCUGGUGUAACAUUGAAGCCUUACGAAGCAAUCCUUACAGAGGUUGAAAGAUUGGCAGAAAAAGGAACAAGGCUUUGGUUGGACAAGUCCUCUGUAAAUGCAGCAGUAGUGGAUGCAUUUUUAUCUGCUUGCAAGAGAUAUUCUGAAGGAUACCAAAAUAAACAGAAAAAGAAGAGCACCAAUAAAGCCUCAAAAAACAAGGGCACAACAGAAGCGUCUGAACUCCUAAUUGAUGGCCCAGCUACUGUAUAUGGAGCUUCCCCCAUUUCUCUUGAGAAGGCAGUGAAAAAUAAUGCAGAAUUGGAGGGGAUGCGACAAGCUCAUCUUAGGGAUGCGGCUGCUUUAGCAGAGUUUUGGACAUGGCUGGAAGAACAGAUUCAAAAUAAAGCGACUUUGACUGAAGUGGAAGUGGCAGAAAAGUUGCUUACUUUCCGUGCAAAACAGCCUGGUUUUUUAGAUACCAGCUUCGAUACCAUUAGUGCCUAUGGCCCAAAUGGUGCAAUCAUUCACUACAGACCAGAACCUGAGAAGUGCAAAACUGUGGAUGACAAGAAGCUCUUUUUGCUGGACAGUGGGGCCCAGUAUAUUGAUGGAACCACUGAUGUAACAAGGACUGUUCAUUUUGGUGUGCCUAGUCCACGUGAGAAGGAAUGCUUCACCAGAGUUUUGCAGGGUCAUAUUGCUCUUGAUCAGGCCAUCUUUCCUGAAAAUACCCCAGGUUUUGUGCUGGAUAUUCUUGCUCGUUCAUUUCUUUGGAAGAUUGGACUUGACUAUAGACAUGGUACUGGACAUGGUGUAGGAGCUGCCUUGAAUGUCCAUGAGGGUCCUCAAAGCAUAAGCUACCGUUACGGAAACAUGACUGUGUUGCAUAAAGGCAUGGUAGUUAGUAAUGAACCUGGGUAUUAUGAAGAACAUGCAUUUGGCAUUCGUAUCGAGAAUUUACUUGCUAUAAAGGAGGUGGAUACUCCAAAUCGUUUUGGAGGAAUUGACUAUUUUGGGUUUGAGCGUCUUACAUUUGUUCCUAUCCAGGCCAAAUUAGUGGACCUGUCCUUACUUUCAACAUCAGAGAUAAGAUGGUUGAAUGAUUACCAUUCAGAAGUCUGGGACAAGGUCUCCCCAUUGUUGGAAGGAUCUGCUCGCCAGUGGCUCUGGGACAACACAAGACCACUUUGAUUCCCUUCAUUGAUGCUGUUUAUUCCUUUCUCUGGUCUUUUCUAUUUCAAUUAGGCCUAGAUACUGUGCAAAUUACCUUCUUCAAGCCCCGUGAAUGCAUAUCUGUUGUAUUUAUAUUUUCUAAUGUCACCUAACUACUUUCUUCUCUAGGGAAUGUGAAACAACCAAGGUUCUUUCUUCUGAAUUCAGAAUUUCACAUGUAGUUGAUUCGGCAUUAAGAAACUUGUACAGAUUUUUUCAUAAAUGAAAAACUGCUUCAUGGCUUCGCACA